AUGCGCAAGACUCCCUGGAAGGAUGGAUUUGAUUUCCAAACGGCGCCAGAAACGAGUUUAAGGCUUGCAUUUUUGGAGAAAUUCAACGCGCCGCAGUUGGGACUAAACACAGCGCUUGCGGCUCGCAUUUUAUUGGUCGAGGAACUCCGAACUAUAUUACUGAUGACACCAAAGUCAAGAAUCUGUUCAUGA